AUAACCUCCUCAAGACUUCACAAUCCAACUGCUCACCAAAGCUAAAACAUCGGGCGCGAACUUGCACUCGAACUAGACAUGGAAGACAACAAGGAUCAUGCAAGAUCCAACCUACCAACCAAGUCAUCCGUAGACUCACCACCAACCUCCGGCCCUUCUUCACUAAUCCACUCUCCAUCUCUAGUUCGUUCACCCCUCCUCCAGUCACCAGACCAGCAGUCGCCGGACCACCCAGAGGCCCCGAAGCCAAAAACCGGCCCCAAGAUCUCUUUUAUAAGCAUCCCGCCACCAAGCCACUCGCCGUUCAUGUCACAAACUCCAUAUGUACCUGGUACACCAGAUAGGCCGAUGACGAUGCCUCCUAGUGGGGCUAGGACUCCCAUGGCUUAUAUAAGGUCUAGGAAUUUGACACCGAGGUUUCUAACACCUUUGGGUAGUCCUUUGAGAAAAGCUCUUCGGAUCACUAAAUUAGAUCCCACAGAUGCAUGGCUGCCGAUUACUGAGUCGAGAAAUGGAAAUGCUUAUUAUGCAGCUUUUCAUACGCUUUGUUCUGGGAUUGGGAUUCAAGCACUCAUUCUUCCUGUCGCUUUCACCAUCCUUGGCUGGGCGUGGGGAGUCAUAUUGUUGACAUUGGCAUUCAUAUGGCAACUUUACACUUUGUAUUUGCUUGUAAAUCUCCAUGAAGAUCAUGAAACUGGAGUGCGAUACAGUAGAUACAUGCAACUGGCAAAUGCAACCUUUGGUGAAAGGUUAGGAAAAAUUCUUGCCUUAUUUCCGACCAUCUACUUAUCAGCCGGUACAUGUAUAGCGUUGAUCAUCAUUGGCGGGUCAACGUCCAAGAUAUUCUUCCAAGUUGUGUGUGCGUCCACUGAUUGUAAAGCACAAACACUAACGGUGGUGGAAUGGUACCUAGUGUUCACUUCUGGUGCAGUGCUCCUAUCGCAACUCCCCAAUCUCAACUCCAUCGCUGGUAUCUCACUCAUCGGUGCAAUCACAGCCGUCGGAUACUGUACCACUAUAUGGUUGGUGUCAGUAACAAAAGGCAGACUUCCAAAUGUGUCCUAUAAUCCUAUUAGGAUUGGUAGCGAAGUGUCCAAGAUUUUCGAUGUCCUAAAUGCUCUUGGGAUUAUUUCUUUUGCAUUCCGAGGCCAUAAUCUUAUACUUGAAAUUCAGGCAACCAUGCCGUCUAGUGAAAAGCAUCCAUCAACAGUACCAAUGUGGAAAGGUGUGAAAGUUUCGUAUACGAUUAUUGCCAUGUGUUUAUUCCCACUUGCAAUUGGAGGUUAUUGGGCUUACGGGCAUUUGAUUCCACCUAGUGGCAUGUUGCCAGCUCUAUUCGUUUACCACUCACAAGACCUGGCGAAAUCAGUUCAAGCAUUAACAUGCGUACUAGUGAUCAUCAACGCUCUUAGCUCAUUUCAGAUCUAUGGAAUGCCAACCUUUGAUGAGUUGGAGUCGAUAUAUGUAACAAGGUUCAAGAAGCCAUGUUCAUGGUGGCUUAGGGUGAUCAUAAGAACAUCAUUCGGAUUCACUUGUUUCUUUGUGGCUGUGGCAAUCCCAUUUCUUGCAAGUCUGGCUGGUUUGGUUGGUGGUAUCGCUUUACCGGUGACAUUGGUGUAUCCAUGCUUCAUGUGGAUAAAGGUUAAAAAACCAAAGUUCUAUAGCUUCCAAUGGUGGCUAAAUUGGGGACUUGGUAUUCUUGGAACAUGCUUAAGUGGGCUUUUGAUUGCAGCUGGGGUUUAUGUCAUUAUUGACAAUGGGAUCAAGUUUAAUUUCUUUAAGCCAGAGUAAUGUGACUAUGUGAGUGAAAUUAGAGUGUGUAAAGGACCAAAUUGCCCUUGGAUCCUUUCUUUUCAACCCAAUUUGUAUGUAUUUAAUUGUCUGUUUUGAGGGUGUAGUUAGGCAACGAUGUUUGUUCAACGACUCUCUUAUAUCAAUUGUUUUUUUUUUUUCUGGUAA